UUAUGACUAUAACAUUAACAAUUUCGACAGGUGAGACUAGAGAAUCUAAGCAGAAAGAGCAAAAGAGGUCCAAAUUCUAGCUUUUUUUUUUUCCUUUGAAACAGAACAAUUACAAGAGGUGGAGACAGCAACAUGUGAAUUGUUAUGCACCCUUUGAGUGUUCAAAUAUGGAAAUGUGUGCACGUUAAUCAAACCUUUAAAAUCACGGCGAAAAACAAAGGGAAUUUCGACUAUUUCCUAGUUUUAUCAGAGAGCCAGUAAUACAAGUUGUGACAUGCUAAUGAGAGGAAAUUGAUGGAGAAAGAAAUAUUCUGUUAUCUUUAAAUUUCCUAAAAAGAUUCUAAAGGAAUUUGUUCUGUUUUUACUUUACUAAAAGAUUUUCCUUCAAGACUAUAAGAAGAAUAAAACUAAAACUACACUCUAAAACAAAGUUAGUACCAAAAUACAUUACUCAAACUCAGGUUCUAACACAACUUCCUGUGAUGAUGGCUAGCUGCAGACAGAUCGACGUUCACCUUGAAGAUCGAACACCACAUAAAUGGAUCGUUCCCCUUACAGAAGAGGUUUUCCAAGCCUUCUUAUCGAAAGGAAACCAAGCAAUCCGUAAAGUAUUUGGUGAUGGAUCAUUCUUUAGUCCUAUGUUGUUUGGCAAGUUUUUCGAUCCUUCUGACGCUUUUCCUCUGUGGGAGUUUGAGGAUGAUGUCUUGCUCUCUAUUCUAAGAGCUUCUGGAAAUAAUCAGGUUGAUUGGUCUCAGAAUGAUAAAGAGUAUGUACUGAAAGCAGAAUUGCCUGGAGUAGGAGAAGAUUCUGUACAGGUGUGUGUGGAGAAGGGAAAGAUACUUGAAGUUAGUGGACAAUGGAAGCAAUCAUCUGAUCCUAAGGCAAGGGACUGGAAAAGUAGUCAUUGGUGGGAACACGGGUUUGUUCGAAGGAUUGAGUUGCCAGAGAACACAGAUUGGAAGAAGCCAGAGGUAACUGUUAAAAAUGACAUAAUAUUAGAGAUAAAAAUACCUAUGAAAUCAUCAACUAGUCCUACUCGUCGAGGUGAUGAUUCAGACUGAGAAUUGCUCAGUACUUCUGUAAGUUGAUGAAACACACAACACAUCAUGAGAAAUUGAGCAUAAUAAGACAUUUUUUUUAUGGAGCCAAGAACCUUUUAGUUAAAAUUAUGUGUAUCGAUGCAAUACUCACAGUUAACAGGGCCGGGGAACAGGAAACAUCAGUAGGAACUCACAGAAUGACAGGAUGCAGAGCUGACAUUCAUGAAACAUUAAAAAGGACUAAUUCGAAACUGAAUGUUAUGGGUUAUUUCUUUGUUUUUUGUUUUUCAGGGUAAUGCAGAGAAGUUUAAAGGAAGAGUGUAGAUUACAAAGGGGAAAAAUGGUUCUGACUUAAUCAACUUGCUUCUCAACACAUCGGUGUUAGAAGUAACUAACUACAGGGAACAGAAAUCUCUGAAGACGAUUC